GACACCGGCUGGCGCAAGUUCUCCACAAGCCACCUCGAUCGAUCUCCAUUGAAAUCAAGGCACCUUAAUAAUUUCUAGUACCAUAUUAAGCUAAGAACAGUAGUGUACAUGGCUUCUCGUAGAAGUGCAGCAGCUAGUCCGGCCAUGGCAGCAGCAGCUGCGGUAGUAGCUGUAUCUGUAUACUUGCUGGUGUGCAGUGCUCCGGCGGCGGCGACGGCGGCGGCGGUGGCGAAGAAGCCGUCGUACCCGCCGGUGGCGAAGGGGCUAUCGUUCGACCACUACAAGAAGAGUUGCCCGCAGGCGGAGGCCAUCGUGUUCAGCUUCCUGCGCGACGCCAUCGGCAAGGACGUCGGCCUCGCCGCGGCGCUGAUCCGGCUCCACUUCCACGACUGCUUCGUCCAGGGCUGCGACGCCUCCAUCCUCCUCACCAAGACGCCCGGCGGGCCCGACGGCGAGCAGCAGGCGAUACCCAACGAGUCGCUGCGGCCGGCGGCGUUCAAGGCCGUCAACGACAUCCGCGCCCUGCUCGACAGGGCGUGCGGCCGCGUCGUCUCCUGCUCCGACAUCGUCACCCUCGCCGCCCGCGAUUCCGUCAAACUGGCCGGUGGGCCGUCGUACAAGGUGCCGCUCGGCCGCCGUGACGGCCUCACAUCGGCGACGCCGUCACAGGUGCUGGGCGCGCUCCCGCCGCCGACCUCCCACGUCCCCGAGCUCAUCGCCGCGCUGGCCAAGCUCAACCUCGACGCCGCCGACCUCAUCGCGCUCUCCGGCGCCCACACCGUCGGCAUCGCCCACUGCACCUCCUUCACCGGGCGGCUGUACCCGAAGCAGGACGGCACCAUGGACAAGUGGUUCGCCGGCCAGCUCAAGCUGACGUGCCCGAAGAACGACACGGCCAACACCACCGUCAACGACAUCCGGACGCCCAACGCCUUCGACAACAAGUACUACGUCGACCUGCAAAACCGCCAGGGCCUCUUCACCUCCGACCAGGACCUCUUCGUCAACGCCACCACCAGGCCGCUCGUCGCCGAGUUCGCCGUCGACCAGUCGGCGUUCUUCCACCAGUUCGUCUUCUCCGUCGUCAAGAUGGGCCAGAUCCAGGUGCUCACCGGCUCGCAGGGACAGAUCCGGGCAAACUGCUCCGUCCGCAACCCCGGCGCCGCCUCCGCCGACGAGGAGCUCCCGUGGUCCGCCGCCGUGGAGACCGUCGUCGAGGCGGCCGAGAGCAUCGUGCUCUAGACACACAAUUGUGCGCGCCAUGGACGCGUACGUCAGUACGUGUACCGUACGUUGAAUGUGGAAAGAGACGACGACGACUGUGGAUAUAUGUUGGUUACUGCCAUGUCGAAUAAAUGCAUGACGUCAUGACAACCUCCUUUAUGAUCAAUAUAUAUGGAUGUGGAUUUUCAUCUUGCAGGAAA